AUGGGAACCCAAUACAUGAUGCAAGCCGGGCUGGCCUCGGGCAUGUCGGCAACGGAGGGUAUCUACCCUGCGCAUCCGAAAUCUGUCGACCCUAACCUGGGUGAUCCAGCCCAUAUGCUCCCCGAAAACGUGGUUCCCAACUCGCGGAGCCGCAUUGCCGUUCGUGGAUAUGGCGGCAAGGACGUGAUGAUCCCCUAUAUAAGCAUUGGAACAUGGGCCUGGGGUGACAAGGCGACAUUCAACUACGAUCCCACCGUCGAUCUGCCGAAGAUUCAUGCUGCCUGGGAGAAGCUAAAGUCGGUUGGAUUGACCUUCCUGGACACAGCGCAGUCCUUUGGCAACGGCGAGAGCGAGCGAAUCUGCGGAACCCUGUUCAAGGGGAUGCCUCGGGAUGCGUUCGUCGUGCAGACUAAGUGGUUUUCGGGCGGUUUGUCUAAUACUUUGAUGCAGUCGCGCGGGCCUAAGGCUAGGCUGAAGGAGUCGCUCAAGCGACUGGGACUGGACUACGUGGAUAUCUACCUGGUGCAUGGACCAAUUCAUGGUAGUUCGAUUGCGACCGUCGCUGAAGGUCUCGCAGAGUGUGUGGAGGAGGGAAUGACGCGCGCUGUUGGCGUGGCCAACUACAGCACGCAGGAGAUGAUCAAGAUGGCCGAUGAACUUGCGAAGAGCAACAUGCCGCUGGCCGUGUCGCAGUGCGAGUAUUCAGUCAUUCGCCGUGUUCCGGAGGUCACCGGAAUGAUUCGUGAGUGCAGGAAGCGCGGUAUCUGUUUCCAGGGCUUUGCCUCGCUUAGUGAGGGUCGAUUGACGGGCAAGUAUUCCCGAUUCAACGAGCCUCAAAGCACUCGACGAUUCAGUAGUUAUCCAAUGCACAUGCUGGAGCCGACGAUCAAUGUGCUGAAGAGUAUCGCGGAACAGCAUCGUGUGUCUGUUUCUGCUGUCGCGCUGAAUUAUUCGAUCAAUAAGGGUGUUGUUCCUCUGGUGGGAGUGCGCGAUGCUGAGCAGGCGGAGGAGGACAUGCAGGCGCUGGGUUGGCGAUUGACCACAGACGAGAUCCGUCGCAUCGAGGAGGUUAGUUUUGAGGGUCACACGUCUGCCCUGUUGCAGCAUGGUUAA